CUUUGUUCAAAUAGUAAAUGGGCGUGUUUGUUCUCUGUGAACUGCAAUCCUGCCCACACAAAGACAGAACAUGGAGUAAAGCAGGGGACUAUCCAAGCCACAGGGAAGGUGAACCUCAGGGAAUAAGGAGAAAGAUGGAGGAUUUCUGGGCAGGGGUCCUCUGGGCCCUAAGGAUUUGGCUCUACCUCAUUAUCAGUCUCAUCAUGAUCCCAGCCAUGUUUGGAUUUUCUCUGGGCAUCUCUGAGACCUACAUGACCAUCUUGGUGAAGACCUUAGAGUGGGCCACUCUGAACAUACAGAAAGCAAAUGCAGAAGAAGAAAAGGUUAAUGCUUCUGCAUCUAAUGGACUCAUUCAAAGGGAAGGCGGCUCUAUGGAGAAAGAGCUGGAGGAGCUGAUACGCAGUAGACCCAAACCGCCAGAAGGAGGGGACUUCACGCUGAGUGACUGUUUCUAUUUCUCUCGAAGGGGAAUUGAAAGCAUUGUAGAUGAUGAGGUAACCCAGCGGUUCACCUCAGAAGAACUGGUAUCCUGGAAUCUACUGACGCGCACCAACAAUGAUUUCCAGUACAUCAGUCUGAAGCUAACACUGGUUUAUGGCCUUGGUAUCUUUGUGCGAUACUGCAUCCUCGCCCCGCUUAGGAUCACACUGGCCUGCAUCGGCCUGACCUGGUUGGUAAUUGCAACUGCCGUUGGAUUUCUUCCAAAUUCCAGGGUAAAGUUCUGGCUCAGUGAGUGGGUCCAUGUUAUGUGCUACAGAAUCUGUGCUCGAGGGCUGUCUGCUACUAUUCACUACCACAUCAGGUAACCUGUCAUUAAAUGCUCUGCUACCAUAUCUCUGAAGUGUGCGUUUUUGACUGUGCCAAACCGUCUUAUUCAGGUGGGUCAGGUCCACGGAGGUCUAAUGGGAAUUCUUCAGAGAGCAAUGGUGAGGUCUUGCCCUCAUGUCUGGUUUGAGCGGUCAGAGAUGAAAGAUCGCCAUCUAGUGACCAAAAGGUUAAAGGACCAUGUGAAUGACAAGACCAAGCUUCCAAUAUUACUAUUUCCAGAAGGAACCUGUAUUAACAACACAUCUGUCAUGAUGUUCAAAAAGGGAAGUUUCGAAAUCGGAGCAACAAUAUAUCCUGUAGCCAUCAAGUAUGACCCAAAGUUUGGAGAUGCUUUCUGGAACAGCUCCAAGUACAGCAUGGUGAGCUACCUGCUGCGAAUGAUGACGAGCUGGGCUCUCGUCUGCAACGUUUGGUACUUGCCAGCCAUGCACCAACAGGAGGGUGAGGAUGCUGUCCAUUUUGCCAACAGAGUGAAGUCAGCUAUAGCUCACCAAGGAGGGCUGAUUGAUCUACAGUGGGACGGAGGUCUGAAGAGAGCAAAGGUGAAGGAUACGUUUAAGGAGCAGCAGCAGAAGAAGUACAGCAGCAUGGUGGUGGGAGAUGACAGCAGCGGAAACAGUGACUGAGAUUAACUUUCAGCACAAAGGACAAAUCGUCCAACUUGUUCUGACAAGAACCGAUGAUGGAAACAGACACAUUUACCUCUUUGUUGUUGUUUUUUUUUUACAUCGCCUGGACAUGGCAGGGAACGGCCCAAAUGGACUUUGAAAGAGGAGCAGCUAAAUGGAAACGAAGCGAUUCAAAUAAGUGCAAUAUUAAAAAGCAGAGAAAGAAAUACUCUGUUUUACAGCUGCUUAUCUAUUAUUGCUAUUAAAUACUAUUGCUGAAACACCUCAGGUUUUGGACUGAGUGUCCCUUUUAUAAGCUCAUAUGUUUUAAAACUAAUAUUUUGAUCAAGAAUGGAAUCAUCUUUGCAUGUUAACACUUAUUCUCAUAAUUCUGUCCUGGUUUACUGCAAAGCACAUUAUUGCACAUUAUCUGUUCCCAGAAAUUAUGUUUUUAACCUGAGUAACCAUUGACAUGUGUAACAGUCCAGUUUACUGAGUUUAAGAGGGAAAUUGUUUCACAGUAUCACACACAGCUUCG